AUGGGCGACAAGUAUAAUCUCCUACUACUCUUCGAUCGUCCACAUGAACCCGUGUUCAUGGAAAAAGGACGGGGCGUAGUGUUUGAUGUGCCCAAGAAAUUUCUCACCGAUCGUUACCGAGUUAUAGACAAUGAAGUGCUGGAGCGAUUCAGCGAAAGAGCCGAGAGCCUUGUGAAUGUACGAGAUAUUUCCAUGCCUGAUCUUAGUUUACCAUCGAAGUUGUCGCGUAAGGCACAUUUUUCGCUCUGCGUGCCGGCACAUCGCAUAAUGGCAGCGGGUCUCAUUGAUACGUUCAUGAGCGCGCCCACAGUCGAUGAACUGCAGAGUGUUGCGGUUUAUGCACACGAUCGGCUAAAUCCAUAUCUCUUCAAUUAUGCGCUUAGCGUGGCUAUACUGCACCGCAAAGACACUAAAGGCAUGGGUGUGCCCUCUUUGAUACAGAGUUUCCCCAACAAGUUUGCCGAUCGGCAAAUUUUUCGACAUUUACGCGAGGAAUGCACAAUCGUACCCGAAGGUUCGCGCAUGGCAAUUCUAAUACCACAUGAUUAUACAGCAUCGGAUGACGAGCCAGAGCAUCGUUUGUGGUAUUUUCGCGAGGAUUUUGGUGUGAAUUUAUAUCAUUGGCACCGGUAUUUGGUGUAUCCAUUCGAGGCGAGCGAACGCAGUGUUGUAUAUAAGGUGCGUCGCGGUGAGCUCUUCUACUACAUGUAUCAGCAGAUCUUAGCCCGAUACAAUGUAGAGCGCUUGGGUAAUGAUUUGAAGCGCGUGGAACCGUUAAUAGAUUUACGUGAAUAUAUUAAGGAGGGCUACUUUCCCAAAAUGGAGUCGGCACCACGCUUUGACAAUACCAAACUUUCGGAUGUGCGUCGCCAUCAAGACCAACUAAUUAUGGAUAUUGAAGAUUUGGAGCAAUGGAGCGAACGCAUAAAGGAAGCUAUCACAAAAGGUUUUGUUUUAGAUGAAAGCGAAAAGCACAUACCCCUCAAUAUCGAUGUGCUCGGCAAUAUAAUUGAGUCGUCCAUGGCUUCGCCAAAUCGCAACCUUUAUGGUGAUCUUCAUAAUAUGGGCCAUCUCUUCAUCGCCUAUGCGCACGAUCCGUCACAUCGUCAUUUGGAGUCGUUUGGUGUUGUCGGUGAUCUUGCUACAGCAAUGCGUGAUCCCGCCUUCUAUAGAUGGCACGCCUAUCUCGAUAGUAUUUUUCAGCAACACAAAGCUCAGCUCCCACCCUACACUAAUGCGGAGCUGCGCCACGAUGGCUUCUCCCUAACAUCUGUGGAAGUCACAGCUGAGAAUGUGCGCGAACCCAAUGUUUUACAAACAUUUUGGCAGGAAUCCGAUAUUGAUCUAUCGCGUGGUAUGGAUUUCGCGCCGCGUGGUAAUAUUUUUGCGCGCUUCAAGCAUCUACAACAUGCGCCCUUCACCUAUACAAUCAAGGCGACUAAUGAGUGCGCUACAAAACGUUUUGGCCUGGUACGCAUCUUCCUCGGUCCUAAGUACGAUGAGCAAGAUCAGACUAUGACUUUCAAUGAACAACGCUUGUUGAUGAUCGAAUUGGACAAAUUUGUGAUAGCACUACAACCCGGUGAAAAUGUUAUACGUCGUCGCUCCACUGAAUCAAGCCUUACGAUACCCGUUGAACGCACAUUCCGCGAACUGGAAGUAACUCGUGUGUCUAACGAAACUAUGCAAAAUGCUUGUGGCUGGCCACAUCAUAUGCUCAUACCGAAGGGUUCAACCAACGGUUUGCAGUGUGAGCUCGUCGUUAUGGUAACAAAUUACGACCAAGAGAGCGUUGAUGAAGAGCCCAUCAAUGGUGCUGACUCCUGCAGUAAACAUCAUCUCUUGCAACACGAUCAUCGUGCCUUGGGCUUUCCAUUCGAUCGCCAGUCUCGCCUGGGUGCCGACCACCUUGCUGACUUUCUCACACCGAAUAUGAUAGCAGCUGAUGUAGUCUUACGUCACGAAGAUCGCACGGAACACUGUUGUUGA